CACGGCCACGCCUCCUGUUACAAAUAUUGUCAGGCAGAGAAGCCCCAAUAAUCAACUCAAACUCACUCUCUCACAACCUUCUUUAUACUGAUUCCCUCUUCACCUUCCUCCCCCAUAAUUUAUUCACCACCGUGUCUCUUCCUCUAUCUCCUCCACAAAAUCAAGAUUCCUAAAUGAACCACAACUUCCUUUUAACAUCCUUUUCUCCAAUAAUAAAUCUCUUUGUUGUCACUUUGUUCCUCCUGGCAAAGAAAGCCUCAUGUACAGAUCCCCAGUUCCUAGCUUGUAAUCCCGAAAGCUGUGGCGAUGGCCAAAACAUAAACUUCCCAUUUUACAUCCAGAACAAGCAAGAACCCUCUUGUGGCUACCCUGGAUUCAGUCUCUCUUGCAAUAACAAAGGCAAGCCAGUCCUUAAACUGUCCAAUAAUGAGUAUAUCAUCCACGAAAUCUACUACCAAAACCAGUCUCUUCGUGUCUCAAAUGCAGCUGUUUUUGGGAAUACCACCUCCUGUAUUCCUCAAAUACAAAACAUGUCUCUAGCUGAUGACGGGUUCCGUCUACCUUCUAACAGAGCAAGCCUCUUCUUGCUUUACAAUUGCAACUCAACACUGCUAGCAAAUGAUAGUGAACUUCUGAAUUACAAGGUUGAUUGUUUUGGGGAGAAUGGAACUGUUUCAACUCUAGCAAUGCUUGAUGAUGAUCCUCUGUUGGGUCCUGCAUCGGACAAGUGUGAAACUGGAGCUGUGGCACCUGUGGAUGUGUAUAGAGGAGAGAAUGUUGGGAGUGAAAGGAUGCUAUUGUUAGAAAGAGGGUUUGUGUUGAAUUGGAUAGCAAGUAAUUGUAGCAUCUGUGAAGAGAGUGGUGGCAAGUGUGGAUUUGAUAACGCCACAUACCAUUUCAAAUGUUUCUGCCCUGAUAGACCUCAUUCUCGGUUUUGUCCUUCCGGGAAUGACAAUAUGGGACGAAAGCUUAUAAUAGCUGCCUCAGCUGCCGGCUUUGGAGUUCUAAUAAUUACAAUCUGCUGCGUCAUCAUCAGAAAGUUCUCACCCGUCAACUUCCUUUCUUGUUUGAGAAAAACCAGAGGAAGUCGAAGUAUAGAGGUUUUUCUGAGGAACUAUGGAACCUUGGCACCAAAAAGAUACAGUUAUUCAGAACUUAAGAAAAUGACCAAAACCUUCAAAGAGAAACUAGGCCAAGGAGGCUAUGGAAGUGUUUUCAAAGGCAAUUUACCUGAUGGUCGUCUUGUUGCUGUUAAAGUCUUGAAGAAAUCAAAGAGUAAUGGAGAAGAAUUUGUCAACGAAGUUUCAAGCAUCAGCCAGACUUCCCACGUCAACAUUGUUACUCUUCUAGGGUUCUGUUUUGAGGGUUCCAAACGAGCUCUAAUCUAUGAGUUUAUGUCUAAUGGGUCUCUUGACAAGCACAUAUAUGAAGAAGAAAAUCUCUCAAAAGUAGAUCGCCAAUUAGGGUGGGAAACACUAUACCAAAUUGCAGUUGGCAUUGCUCGAGGAUUAGAAUACUUGCACAGAGGUUGCAACACAAGAAUUUUACAUUUCGACAUCAAACCUCAUAAUAUUCUUCUAGAUGAAAACUUCUGUCCUAAAAUUUCUGAUUUCGGCCUGGCUAAAAUAUGCCCUAGAAAAGAGAGUAUCGUAUCGAUGAUGGGUCCAAGAGGAACUAUUGGAUACAUUGCCCCCGAAGUAUUUUGUCGAAAUUUUGGAGGGGUCUCUCACAAAUCUGAUGUUUAUAGCUACGGGAUGCUAGUAUUAGAAAUGAUUGGAGGGAGAAAAAACUUCUGCGUCGGAGCUGGUAAUACCAGUGAGAUCUAUUUUCCAUAUUUGAUAUACAAGCGUCUUGAACUAGGUGAAGAACUUGGACUUCAAGGGACGGGCAAUAAAGUGGAAGAGCAAAUUGCAAGAAAAAUGAUUUUAGUAAGCUUGUGGUGCAUACAAACUGAUCCCUCAAAUCGGCCACCCAUGUCUCGAGUGGUAGAAAUGCUGCAAGGAAGCCUCGAGUCCUUGCCAAUCCCACCGAGACCGAUCUUGUCUUCCCCUCCAAGAUCUCCUCAUGGAUCAAUUUCAGAUUCCUCGAGCACCGCUAUCAUAAUCCAUGACCUUUAAGUUUUAAAUACGCAUCGCGUCUUCCUUGCACCAGGCCAUGAAGCAUUGUACCAAAAAUGUCUUGGAAAACUCCAUGGCCUGAGCUAGUCAAUGUAGCAUAUUGCUCUUGAAGACUCUCUGCUGUUUGCACAAUUAAGAUGCAGAAAAUCCGUUCCAACUUUGAUCAAUUAGUGUGUUGGGACGUUGGCGAUUUGAGUUCUAAAUACAGACUUCACACAAAAUCUUCUAGCUUUACUCUACUCUCAAGAUGGGAGGGCUAGAAGAAGUGUGAUCAGUUUCAGCACAUUUUUUGCAUCAGCAAGACCAACAGUUGCCCCCAACUUGUAUUCAUUACACAAAAACAAAUGUUGUUCUUGCAGACUUAGUUUUUCUUAAUACAUCAUAUUAAUAUUGUCGACGUGUUCUUAAAA